UGGUUUCAGUUGUUUACCGUUAGUUGUUGCCUAUUGACCGAAAAAGCGGCCGUCACGCGUUCGGCAAACGGCUGUAGCAGCGUGCAACAGCAGCAGCAGCACCAUCACAAAAAUAACACUAAUACCAACGCACAAAUACCACGGGCCUCUCAUAUACAGUCCAAAUUCCUAACACUCAUACGCCACGUAUAACUGCCAAAAGCAGCAGCAGCAGCAACAGCAACAGCGAAAAGCCGCUGACAUUGGGCUUGCGUUGGUUUGGCAUUGGCGUAUGUGUGUGUUUGUCUGUGUGUGUGUGGUGUUGUGCCAACUCCAUUUUUAUGCAGCCUUAGUGAAGUUGUGCUGCACUUAUUGUUAUCGCCGCUGCAUCUUCGUUUGUCUUAUCGCUGCAGUGGCAGAGCAAAUGCGUGUACGAUGUGAUUGCUAAGCGAAACGCAAAGGAUAAAAAAAAAAAGCAAAAAAAAAACAGUGUCACGAAAAUGUGUAUUAAUAUUUUGAAAAGAAUUUUGUGCAAAGAGAAAAAUCCAGCAACGAUAAUGUGACACGCUGUGCGUUUGUGCGUUUUUUGUGGCAGAAGUUUACGCAACAUUCUGCUUUUUCAUAGUCACUAUUUUCGGUUUCUGUUUUUUGUUUUCUUUUUGUGUGUAUCGUUGUUGUUGUUGUGCCUACGCCUAUCGGAUUCCUCCUGCUCUGGGGACGUUUGAAACGCGCGCGCAAGCCUAAUCCCCUUACACUUAACGACUUCUUCGCCGCUUUGCUCCUAUUUUUCGGUACUUUCGCGUAUAACGGUGCCGUCUGUGAGUGUGUUUGUGCGCGUUAUUAAAAAUUUAUUAACAACUCCUUUACGCACCUUAAACUAUUUAUCUGUGACGCUAACUGAUGUGUCCAAAUGCCUCUAACUACAUAAAUAUAGUAGCUUUAAGUGACAUACGAACAGUUACACUGUCUGUUGCAUAACAAAAACAUUUGAAAUGAGUUUUCGCACAAACGAAAACAAAAAUUAAAAAUUUAACAAAUUUAAUUGAUGAUGAUUGCAUUCGUCCCUGAAACGAUGUGCCAAAGUCUGCACCAAUCAAGCAGCGAAACUAUUAGACAGCCAACUGACAGACCAAUAAUUCAGCCAUAAACCAAUUGCAACCAGUUAGAAGAUUGACAAGUGGCGGCAGGUAGCAACAAUACCGAACAGCGCAAGAGAAUAUAUAAAAUCUGUCUCGCUUAUUGGAAAUUAAAUGCAACAAAACAAAAAAUCACCGCCGUCAAGUGUUGAUUUUUAUUUAAUUAUAUUUAUUGGCAAUUGUAAAUAUUUGCCAAUAAAAAGCAGAAGCGUCAGUUAAUUUGUAAUUUAAAGACAACUGUGGAGAAACCAGUGCAAAGGAAAGUGAAAACAAUGAAUAAAUGAAAAAGUGAUUUUAUAAUUUUUUUUUAAUCAUAUGAACAUAAAAAAAUUAAAUAGUUUUGAAAUUAGAAUAUUCCAAAACAAGUUAAAAAACUUCACAACUAAGCGCUAAAAAAUUCAAAUGAAAGGAAGCAAACUGUAAAAUUUUAAGGAAAAAUUUGCGAGGAAAGGUUUGAGUAUGGAAAAGGAAAAUACGUCGAUAACUGAGAAGAAAUUACUUGCGAAAAUGUAAAUGAAAAAGUGAAUAAACUACUUUACAAGGAAGUAAAAAUAAAAGGCGACGCAAGCAUACAAAAAAUGUAAAGUAAACGGUAGCGCUUUGGUAUGCAUGAAGUAAAAAUUAUAUUGUACUUAUUUAAAAAAAAUUAACGGAGACGCUAAAAGAAUCAAGAUCGCAGCAAUUUAAAAUUAUCUUAUGUACAUAAGUAUACAAUUUUCGGCGUCGUAAAAUAAAUACUCAAACAAAUAUUGCACGCUGUUAAUUAUAUUAUCGUACACACAAACAAUGGCGAUUCAACACCGGUGAAUAUUGCCGUUGGCAGCGACGCCAACGAUAACAACGUGCACAUCAACGUGUCUGCCAGCAGCGACUGCAGCAGCAAUCUAAUAAAAAACAAAGUCCAUUUGCAGCAGAAUCAACAGCAGAGAUCAACAGGUAACCAAAAUCGCUAACAGUUGCUGUUGUUAACAUCGCGCUGUCCAAUACGGCGCGUCGGCAAAUACUAUGCAGUGGCAGCGAAAGCAAGCAACUGAGCGCUGCUUGUUAAUCACGAUCAUAUACGUACGUUCGGCGAGAGAAAAUUGUAACUAACUAAAAACCACCGGGAUCGUGUAUUCAACAAUUGUUGUGCUUUUACGGCUGCGUCAUCGGUCGCGUGUGCUGCGAAACGUGCAACAGAGCGUGAGUACAGAAUACGUCGACUUCAAAGUUGCUGUGAGCGUAACGCCAUCGCCACUUGGCGCACGUUGUGGAGUUUGACCCCCCACACGCAAACAGCUGGCUGUUAGCGUUGAACUUAAAGCGAUGCGUUGCUGUUGCCGAUCAGCUGCAGCGGCAUAUCAAGCCAAACAACACACGACAAUAGUCAAUCGGUGAUAUUGUUGUUUGUUUGCUUCAUUCGUGUCUCAGCCGCGAAGCGUUGUAGACGACGCUAGAGAGUGAAAAUUUUGUAUAUGUAUGAAAUCGUGCUGAAUGUUGAAUUGGUUGAAUGAGUGAGUGCGGGAAGUGAGCGGAAAUCGUGGUGCUAAAGGUGCAACAGUGCUUGGGAAAGAAAAAUACAAAAAAGCGAUUGGCUUGAAAAAAUCAUAACAUAAAGUGGACUAAGCAAAUAAGCAAAGCAGAAUGAGCAAAGUGGCAUGGAAUGAAUGAAAAAACAAAAAGAAUGCGUCAGUGCGCUUUGCUUUGAUAUUCGAUCGUUUGGUUGGUUGACUGGCUGCUAGUCGAAGUAUUGAGUUGUGCAGCGAUCGGCGGUUGCAGCUGUUGUGCGAGUUACGUGAAGCACGCGGUACAUAGAAAUAAAUAAGAAAUAAUAAAAAAAACUAAACUAAAAGGAAUAAUAUUACAAUAAAAGAAAAUAUAAGUUAAAAAUUAACAUUCUUGUUGUUAUUGUUAUUGCUGUUUUUCGGUGUAAUAUUUGUGCCUUUUAAAAUAAAAAUUACCUUGAUAAAUAAUAUAAAAAAAUAUAUGACCGCAAAUGCACAGAAGUUGUUGAGGAAGUAAUGCAAAUCAUCAAAGCGAAAGAUAGCAUAAUUGUGGAGAGCUUCAUUUUUUGAUAAAAUUAAAUUAAAGAAACGCUUAAAAAAUGUAUGUAUGUAUGUGUGUAAUCAAAUAAAUAUGAAAAACUGUAUAAAAUAUCUACGCAUACGUAACUAUGUUGCAAGAUCGCUAAUCAAAAAAUAGAUUUCAUCAAAUAAAACUUUUUGUAACGACUACGUAAAUAGCUAUUAAAAAAUCUUCCAAAAAUAACAAAUAAAAAUAAUAAAUAAAUUGUGAGAAAAAUCAAAAAUUUUUUAGUUGAUGUUUUCCUCACAUCAAAAACCAGCGAAUAUAAAAAAAUAUAAAAAAUUGUUGAAGGCAAAUUUUAAAUUGGUAAAUAAAGUGAAAAUAUAGUUUUUUGAAAGCCAGCUGAUAUAAAAGUGUUCUACAACUGGAAAUUUCGACUUGAAAAUUGCAAAAAAAAAAAAAUAAUGCAAGUAAAAUAGUAUAUAAAUAAAAGAAAUUAUCAUUAAAAAUAUAUAUAAAUAAAAAUAAGUAAAACUGCAGUAUAUAUAAAAUUAAUAAAUUAAAAAGUUAAUCUGCGAGUGAGAAGUGGGUCUCCAGACAUUUGACAUUUAACAAAAAAUAAACAAACAAAGACAGAUAAUGAGAUUAAGUGUUUAAAAAAAUCAAACAUAAAAAAUCAAGUCUGGGUCAUGAAAGAAAUUUGAAAUCUGCAAAAACAAAACAAAACGCAAAGUAACGGCAGUCAUUAAAAAAAUAAAAUAAAAUGCACUUGUAAAAAAACUUCAAAGAGUUCUAACAAAGAAGCCAGGAAAUAAAUAUAUAUUUAAAAUUAAAACAGUUUUAAGCAGAAGCAUCCAGUACUUCUAAGAUAUUAAAAAAGAAGUAAAUGUUAAUUAAAAAAAAAAUAUAUUAAUAUUAAAAUAAAUAUUAAUACGAAAAAAAUUAAUAUUAAAAAAAAUUAAUAUAAAAAAAAAUAUUAAUAUUAAAAAAAAAUUGAAACAUUGAAUUUCUUUCAAUUAAUGCGAUUAGCCAACAAGUAGCCGAAAUAAAUGUGCUUUUUAAUUUAUAUUUAUUAAACAGUUUACUAAAAACCGCAACAACUUGUGAUCGUUAAAAAAGAAGAAGCAUUAAAAUUCAUAGUUUCAUACAACAAAGCACAACAUAUAUAUUACAUAUAUACAUCCGUCAAAGUGUCGUCAAAUGAGAAUAAAAUUGUAAAAAUAUAAAAAUUAAAAGUUGCACAAUUUUCCAUUCUUUCUGCGGUUGCAAGCUCAUCCGCAAACAAGUCAAAGCACUACUAGGCAAUCGGCUCGCUUAUCAAUUUUUCUUCGCCUGCGCCUGCCUUGCACACCCAUCAACUCCAAUCCCAUCUCUCCCACCUCGCAUCUCGCUUCCUUUGUCGCUUUGCCACUGUCUUCUUGUCGUCAUCGCCAUUGUGUUGCAACAACAAACAAUGUGUAGCCGGAAAUGUUUUCGCGUACACACACUGGUCAUACUCGGCAUCAUAAUCACCAUAGUGCUCGUCUGCAUUGUCGGCAUUACGCUUACAAACAGCAUCAACAUAUCGAAUAUCAUCAAAUUGCGCGAGAAGGUCGCCAGCGAUUCGGCGGCAGCGACCGGUGCGAAUGCUGUGCAAACACGUGCCGCGCUCGUCGAACAACAAUACUCGACAUUGCAGCAACACCAUUUGUCGCGUAGCGAUUUGAAUUAUAUUGCCGCAACGCAUCCGAAGAAUUUACAACGAUUCGCCGCCGCUGGCAGCGGUAGUAGUGGCAUUGGCGGCCGGAGCGGUGGUGGUGGUGAUCCGGCUAAUUCUGCGGCGCAAAAUAAAAUUGUCAUCGAAAUUGGUGUACGAAAUUUUUCGAGCUCACCAGCUAAUGCCAGCCUCACUGAAGUUAACUCUGCCAACUCAUCGCUGGUGGAUACUUUGAUUACUAGGCUCAUCGAGCCCAUAACAAGCGCCAUCGUUGAUGGCAAUGUUGAUUCGAUUUCGGUACCUGCCACCGCUACGCGCCAUCAAGCGAAUGCAUCACUUUCGCAUUUCGUUAAUACGGAGAAGCCGCAUUCACGCGCAAAUCCAACAAAAACGGAAAUCGAUGCUGCUACGCUGGCAGCAACAACAGCAGCGACUACGGUUGCAUUAGAGCCAAGGCAGUUUACCUCCCCGGCGACAACAUUGCCAUCAUGGCAAGCUGCAGAUAUGUUGAGCAUUGCCGACCACAAUCCCGGGCAGAUUGAUUUUGCGAAGCGCGAACAUGUCAAGCAGGUAAGUUCUUCAUGACCUAAUUCUACUGGAGUUUGAAUACCGUAAGUGACACGAUUAAAUAAUAUCUACUCUACUAUUUUGUAGCAUUCACUAUAAGUUUCUGUACCUUUUGGCGCUUGCAAAAAUUCCUACAUUAAAUACCUCGCGUUGUUAUUCUCUCUUAAAGAUUGUCGUUGUCUCAUUUCGCUGCGAGAGUCUUGCCGCAUUUCAUACGAGAAGUGAAUCUAAUGCUAACAGAUGAAUCUGGUUAGAUCCAUUGCGACUGCAAGUUAUUCCUAUUACACCGUGCAACUGCGAAAAUAAGACACCAAUGCUAUUUAACAUUUCGGAAAGCGAAGUAGCUGCAAAAUAUUUAACCACCUGCCGUUUUUUCGCAAAAGUUCACCAUUUUUUUGUUUUCAGUACAUUUAAGUUUUCCCAAUUUGGGUUCGAAUUUAUCGAAAUUAUUUAAAACAAAUCAUAUCAUUGGUAUUUCCAAUUAAUGCGCCCUUUAAUAGCGUAUAAUAAAAUUUAAUGGCGCAUAUUUUUGUGGAACAUUUUAAUUUAAAAUUUCUUACCCGAGUGGAAUUUUUUUUUUUAUUAUAACAAGUUUGAAAAAUAAAAAGUUUUGAGCGUCUAUAGAGGAGGGUUAAAAUGUUCCAUAAAAAUGUUCCCUGACGAAUUUCAAUGGGGAUCUUCUCAUAGUAAAAUACUGUGGAAAUGUGAAAUGAUUUAAAAUGAAGAAGUCAAUAUAAAGGUUUGUUAAGUUUCAAGGGCCGGUUUUGAUUUUGAAUAAAAUACAAUUUUUUUAGGAAAUUAUUGUCAUUUCUCUUUAUUAUGAUAAUAUUGGUAUGGCUCAAUUACGUAUGGAACAAAAUAUUGGCCAAAUGGCCGCCGCGGCCUCAGCGGCACACCUCCAUCCGAUGGUCCAAAUUUUCGAUGACGCUGAGGCAUAAUUGAGAUUCUAUGCCGUUAAUGUGCCGAAUUAUCUCAUCCUUUAGCUCUUGAAUUGUUGCUGGCUUAUCGACGUACACCUUUUCUUUCAAAUAACCCCAGAGGAAGAAGUCCAACGGUGUCAAAUCACAUGAUCUUGGUGGCCAAUUGACAUCACCGCGACGUGAGAUUAUUCGACCUUCAAAUUUUUCGCGCAAAAGAGCCAAUGUUUCGUUAGCUGUGUGACAAGUGGUACCGUCCUGUUGAAACUACUUAUCGUCCACAUCCAUAUCUUCCGAUUCGGGCCAUAAAAAGUUCGUUAUCAUCUCACGAUAGCGAACACUAUUCACAGUAACUGCCUGACCGGUCUCAUUUUGCCGCCGGCCCAUAAACCGCACCAAACACUCUUUGCGGGUGCAUUGGUUUUUCGGCAAUCACUCUUGGAUUAUCAUUCGCCCAAAUUCAGCAAUUCUGCUUUUUGACGAAUCCACUGAGGUGAAAAUGUGCCUCAUCACUGAAGAUGAUUUUCUUCGAAAUGUAUUUUGAUUUGAACGCCCGUUGUCAUAAUAAGCCUGAAUAAAUCUAGCGCGUUGCUCGAUUUAGUAUCUUUCCAUGGUUCAAAUUGAGUUAGUCUGAAAUUGAACAAUGUCAAAUGAAAUGCAAAAAAAAAAACUUGACGCAUUCAACAUCAGCCCUUGAAAUUUAAC